CAUAGAGUGAGGGUCAAUAUAGCAUUUUUAUGAAUCUCAAACAAGAUAAAAUCUAUGUGAAGAGAUCAGUAUAACCUGCCAUUGUCAUUGUCAUUAUUGUUACUUAGUUGUAGUUAAGGCUUUGGUCUUAUUCUUAAUCUUUCUCUAAGGGAUAGAACGAAACCACAAAUACCUUUAUGGGAUGUGUGAUAAUUUUUUUGCGGUACUGGGGAUCAAACUCGGGCCUUUGUGCUUAUGAGGCAGGUGGCGCAACCACUGAGCCAAAUCCCCGGCCCCCAAAUGCCUUUAUGGUAACUAAGCUGACGUGGAAUAUUGUCACUCUAGCACAACUAUAAUCCCAGCACUCAGUAGGCUGAGGCAGUAUGACUGUGAGUUCAAGGCCAGCUGGGACUACAUGCAUAACAAGAUCCUAUUUCAAAAAAUAAAAUAAACAAACAAUUGUCAUCUCUGGUACUGUGGCUGCUGCCACUUUGUGGUGGUUAUCCACAUUGCCAGAAUCAUUACCUUCACUUUCAUCACCACCACCGUCACUGCCACCAUUACCGUCGUCAGCGCCAUCACCACCACCACUCUCGUAUCCCUCUUUCACCACUAUUAAACCAUUAAUUCAUUCAGUACAUAUUUUUUUUACCACUUGUAAUUUUCUAGCCCUGUUCCAGGUGCCCGGAGUGCAGUCAGACCCUAUUAGUUCCCCAUCUGGCCCUAGGUCGCACUGUGGAGUGGGAAGGCCUAUGAUAAGCUUUUAUAGACUUUGGGGCUCUUAGAAACCUCUGGCAGCCACAGGCCAGCAGGCACACCAAGAUGAAGACAGCUACCAAUAUUUACAUCUUUAAUCUGGCUCUGGCAGAUACCCUGGUCCUGCUCACACUGCCCUUCCAGGGCACAGACAUCCUGCUGGGUUUCUGGCCAUUUGGGAAUGCCCUGUGCAAGACAGUCAUUGCUAUCGACUAUUACAACAUGUUCACCAGCACCUUCACACUGACUGCCAUGAGUGUGGACCGCUAUGUAGCCAUCUGCCACCCGAUCCGUGCUCUUGAUGUCCGUACGUCCAGCAAAGCCCAGGCUGUCAAUGUGGCCAUCUGGGCCCUGGCCUCUGUGGUUGGUGUUCCCGUUGCCAUCAUGGGCUCAGCACAGGUGGAAGAUGAAGAGAUCGAGUGUCUGGUGGAGAUCCCAGCCCCCCAGGACUACUGGGGUCCUGUGUUUGCUGUCUGCAUCUUCCUCUUCUCAUUCAUCAUCCCUGUCCUUAUCAUCUCUGUAUGCUAUAGCCUCAUGAUCCGGCGGCUCCAUGGUGUCCGCCUGCUCUCAGGCUCCCGAGAGAAGGACCGGAACCUUCGGCGCAUCACGCGGCUCGUGCUGGUGGUGGUGGCUGUGUUUGUGGGCUGCUGGACACCUGUGCAGGUCUUUGUCCUGGUCCAAGGUCUGGGUGUUCAGCCGGGUAGUGAGACCACUGUGGCUAUCUUGCGCUUCUGCACAGCCCUGGGCUAUGUCAACAGCUGUCUCAACCCCAUCUUGUAUGCCUUCCUGGAUGAGAACUUUAAGGCCUGCUUCAGAAAGUUCUGUUGCACAUCUGCUCUGCACCAGGAGAUGCAGGUGUCUGACCGUGUGCGCAGCAUUGCCAAGGAUGUGGCCCUUGGCUGCAAGACUUCUGAGACAGUACCACGGCCCGCAUGACUAGGCGUGGACCUGCCCAUGGUGCCUGUCAGCCCUCAAAGCCCGUCUACACCGAACACGGAGCUCACGCAGGUCACUGCUCUUUAGACUGACCCCUGAGCCUGAGCUUCUGAAGUCUUGAGUGGCUUUCCCUUUGGCCCAGGGAUGCUCGGUCCUAGAGGAGGACCUAGUGAAUCAUGGGACAGGUCAAAGAAUUAGGGCUGCUUGAGUGUCCUCUGUUGGACUAAAGCUGCCCUCAUGGCUCAGGGCCAGAGGACACAAAGACACUGCCUGGAUGGACAACUCUGGAUGCAUCUGCCUGGGGACUGCAUUCAAACUGCUCCAUACCAUUUCCCCACUCUCUGGCUCAGCCAGCUGAGCUCUGUGCUCAGUGGCUCCUGCCAGCGGUGUGACAGUGGCCCUAGGGCUGUGUGUACACUCUGUGCUGCAUGUGGUCUACAUGGCAGAGCUUCAGCUGCCCUCAGCUUUGCAUGUUUCCUUAGGUCAGCCAGACAGGCUUGGCACUGUCCAGGAGCAUGGUGGAUAGCAUUUCUUUGGGGUGGCACUGCCCUUGAGCCUGGAGCUGUUCCCUAGAGCACCUGCCUGUUCUGAAUUUUUCUGUGCAGCCAGGGUUCCCCUAGUAGUGUUGUCAGCCCCCAGCUGAGGCCUCAGGUGGGUCCUGGGCCCAGGGCUUUCUGAAGGUUUUCUUCCUGCUGUACAAUGUGGCCUAUGGAUGUGGACCUGCCACUCACUUGCUGCUUGCUUUGCCUGACUUUGGCUCAGCCCUAGGCUUGACUUCUGCUUCCCUUCAGGAGCCCACAGGAGGCCUGGCUCUUGGAGCCUGUGGUCUCGAGAAGUGUGAACUAUCGUGCGUAGACCAUGCAGCGAGCUCUGCUUCUUGGGAAGCAGAGGUGGCUGAGGAGGAAGAUGCCAGGUGACUACCAUGGGCUGCUGUUUUGCUCACAAAACACAGGCUCUAUGUGCGUGAUCUUGAUUGCUUGUUUAGGGCAGGGUAGGGGAAUAUGCUCUGACCAGAGGCUCCCACGACCUGCUAGAGCCUCUCCCUCACAGUCUGCUCUACUUGAAGGCCCAGCAGUGAUACAACUAGAUGGAGACCUAGUACCUUGGGAAGGGUGGUAGUUGAGAUGUGUUCUUUGCACAUCCCCAGUGACUGCCCGCUUCACUUACCUCUGGGGAGGGCCUGAGCUUGCUCCCAAAUCAGAGGUUUGCUUCACAUGCCCAGUUGGUGUGAGGGGUGGGGUUUAGCAGGGCUGAUUUAAGCAAGCUGCAAGGACUGUCUGUGCUUUGGGGGUACUGGGGGAGUCUCUGUACCUUGGGAACUCCCUGCUGUGGCAGCAUUGCAAAUGCUCUUCCUCCAGAUGAACUAUUGAAAUCCCUGCAACACUGGAAAGAUUAUUCUUCCACUGAGAUCUUUUUCAUGGGACCUCCAGGGACAUGGACCUGGGUCAGGCUUCUGUCUUGGGAAGCCUUGGCUACAAAGCUUGUUCAUGGGGAUGCUGGACUUUCUCUGUGAUGCCUGUGCAGGAACCAUCUGGCUUCAGUGUUUUCUUGCCAGUGUUGGAAACUUUGUGAAUAUGUGCUGGUGUAACAUGCCUCUUUAUAUAUUUAUGCAUGUGAUGUGUAUCAUUUCCCAUGCAUGUAGCCAGCCCUGAACCUGUCUCUGGGGGUAAUGAAGGAGGGUCAUAAUAAACAAUUGCUAACUGA